GCUGAUUUUCAUCUGACGUCAUCGGAAAUGAAAACAGGCCAAGGGGCAGACGUGGGCAAGAAGACACAAACUUAUAUAAUUCUACACGAGGCUCUGUUAGUUCCAUUUCUCAGUGUUCAGCAGUCCUCUGGAUCUUCUCCAGAUUUCUGAGGAUGGUGGAACCAAGCGGGAGAUACCAGCAGUUACCCAAUGAGGAAGAAGCAGAGGAGGGGCCUCAUGUGAGCGCUGAAGCUCCGCCCCCUUACAGCAGCAUCACAGCCGACAGCGCAGUUUAUUUCGAUUAUAAAGAAGAAGCUGCAUUUCCCAAACCUCCAUCUUACAACGUGGCCACGUCGCUGCCGUCGUACGACGAAGCCGAGAGGAGCAAAGGGGAGACGUUUGUGCCGCUGGUGUCAGGACGUGAUGAGGACUUCGUAGCCAGAGACGACUUCGAGGAUGCAGACCAGCUGCGAAUCGGCAACGACGGCAUUUUCAUGCUGACUUUCUUCAUGGCAUUUCUCUUCAACUGGAUCGGUUUCUUCCUGUCCUUCUGCCUGACCACCUCGGCGGCGGGUCGUUACGGCGCCAUCUCCGGGUUCGGGUUGUCCCUGAUUAAGUGGAUCCUGAUUGUGAGAUUCUCCACGUAUUUCCCGGGAUACUUUGAUGGUCAGUACUGGUUGUGGUGGGUGUUCCUGGUGCUCGGUUUUCUGCUUUUCCUCCGAGGUUUCAUCAACUACGCCAAGAUCCGCAAAAUGGCCGACUCCUUCUCCACUCUCCCACGCACCAGAGUCCUCUUUAUCUAUUAAAGCGUCUGUAUGCGGUGUUCACGUUUUUCCCGCAGCAGCUUGUUGGAGACGUUUCCUGAGCUUCUGGGGCUUCCCUGGAGCCGAGAGAGCAGCACGUAUUUACACCUUAGAGAAAUAAUUCAUACUUUAGAUCCUGUGUGUGUGAGUGUGUGAGUGUGAGUGUGAGUGUGUGUGUGUGUGUGUGUGAGUGUGUAAUUUUUAGGAUGAUGGAAGAGGAGUGAAAAUGUUUUUUUUUUAACUCCCACUUUAAAUUGAAUGCCACGUGACGGACGGCGUGAUUAUUUUGUUCUGUUUGUAGAUGUAAACGUGUGAAUGUGUGGUAUGUGUAAAUGUGCAGAAAUCAUUAGUGAUUUAAAGGUUAAGCGCUUUUUUGGGGUUUAUUUUGGAUUUGUAAUUGAAUUCUAUGUGAUAAUCCGCUCUGUAGAAACUGCAUGCAUUGUGUCCGGGCAGCCCACAGGGGGCAGUCUCGGUUUACUUUUCCUAUAGUUUUUAUUUGAUCCUUUUCUUUUUUUUUUCUCUGUAAUGACGUUGGACACAGAAGCAGCCAGUCCCUGCUGUUCACCAUUCACAAAUCUUUUCUCCUUUCUGUGAAUGGCGUGCUCUCUCUCUCUCUCUCUCUCUCUCUCUCUCUCUCUCUCGCUCACACAUGAAAUUAAAAUGCCUCUCGGUUUUUAUUAGACUUGUGAUGUGGGCAGGCAGUUCGCUUUUAUUGUCUGUGUAUUUAUUUGAAACAUGAAGUCCCAUAAAAUAAAAGUCGGGAGUGAAUUAAUGAGAGUUUUGUACAUGUGCUCCAUGUGGAAUUAAACUAUAACUUCAAAUAAAUAUUUAUCCCUUCA